UCAAACGAUUUUGUUCAAACGCAAAUAUCUUUGAAAUUCCAUUUUUUCUAAUUAAAAAUAGGUAGAUUUUCGGAAGGUAAAUCUAGUUGGUCAAAACGAGGAUAUAUUCCCCCCAAAAUGCGUGGGAUUAAUUACUAAGCCCCGGUUUAUCCUCGUUAACCACAAAUUUUCAAAACUUUAAACUCCCCCAUGUAUCACACAAGUAAUAUAAUCGUCCUUAAAUAUCUCUCUAGUACUAAUUAAUAACUACCUUUGAAAAGAAAAUAUCACAAAAUUACGUUUAACAACGUAACAAGGAAGAAAAUAGAGAGAUUAAGGAGGUGAUCAUUAAACAAGGCAGCCGGCAACGAUUGGAUUAAUUAGCUUCUUAAUUACAAUUUUGUGUUGUUUGCUCAUUGAAACGCUAAUUAAUAAUACUUAGAAUGGCCUGGUCCCCAAAAUAUGCUGCCAAUGCAUAUCUUGACACCCUCAAAUUGUGUGGCAAACACAAUCAGAUGUGCAAUUCAUGUACUGGAACACAAGAACCAGAGUGCAAUGAAUUCCUAUCAGCAUUAGCAGCUGGAAUGAGCGCGAAGCUAAUAGUGGAAGUCACAACAGAAGGCUCACCCUCAACCGUAGCCUUAGCAGCGGCAGCUCGUCAAACAGGGGGCAAAUUAGUCUGCAUUAUACCCGAACCAAUACUCGACAAAACACAAAAAGUAAUUCAAGAAACAGGGCUAAACGACAUGGUAGAAUUCAAAACAGGGGACCCUGUUGAAAUCUUACACAACUACGAGAACAUCGAUUUCUCAUUAGUAGAUCGGAAGACAAAUGAUUACGAGAGGUUGAUGGAGAAACUUGACGUUAAUCCAAGAAGAUCAGUCGUCGUUACGAAUAAUGUACAAGGGAGAAAAGGAAUAGGAGGACAUUUGAAGAAAGUGGAGAAUAAAGUAAAGGUAAGAUCACUACAACAUCCAAUUGGUAAAGGAUUAGAAGUUACAAUGAUUGGUAAAAGCACAGAGUUUGGGAAAAAGGAAAAUAGGAGCAAAUCAGGAUGUUAUUCUCAUUUAAUUAGAGGUGGAGAGAAUAAAAAUGGGCAUGUAGUGAAAAAGGGUGAUAAGAGCAAAUGGGUUUUUGUUGUUGAUGAAAAAAGUGGUGAAGAACAUAUUUAUAGGAUGCCAAAAUCAUCUGCACCUUAA